AUGUCAACUGAGACAGAACUUCAAGUGGCUGUUAAAACCAGCACAAAGAAAGACUCCAAAAAGAAAGGUCAGGAUCGCAGCGAAGCCACUUUGAUAAGGAGGUUCAAAGGCGACGGUGUGCGGUACAAGGCCAAGCUGAUUGGGAUAGAUGAGGUUUCUGCUGCCCGAGGGGACAAGUUAUGCCAGGACUCCAUGAUGAAGCUCAAGGGAAUUGUUGCUGCGGCUCGAUCAAAAGGGGAACAUAAACAGAAAGUCUUCUUAACAGUUUCCUUUGGGGGAAUCAAAAUCUUUGAUGAAAAGACAGGGCUACUCCAGCAUCACCAUGCAGUUCAUGAAAUUUCCUACAUUGCAAAGGAUAUCACAGACCACCGAGCGUUUGGAUAUGUGUGUGGAAAGGAGGGAAAUCACAGAUUUGUGGCAAUAAAAACAGCCCAGGCAGCUGAACCUGUAAUCCUGGACUUGCGAGACCUGUUCCAGCUCAUCUACGAACUGAAACAAAGGGAAGAAAUGGAAAAAAAGGCACAAAAGGACAAACAGUGUGAGCAGGCGGUAUACCAGACAAUUUUGGAAGAAGAUGUAGAAGAUCCUGUAUACCAGUACAUUGUGUUUGAGGCUGGACACGAGCCCAUCCGUGAGCCUGAAACGGAGGAAAACAUUUAUCAGGUUCCUACCAGCCAAAAGAAGGAAGGUGUUUAUGAUGUGCCAAAAAGUCAACCUGUAAGUCUGGAGAAUGGAAACUUAUUGCUGGACAUUGAUGAAAAUCUUGUUUCAGUCACUCAGGCUGUUACCCAACUAGAGCUUUUUGGGGACAUGUCCACUCCUCCUGAUGUAACCUCUCCCCCAACUCCUGCUACUCCAGGUGAUGCCUUUAUCCCAUCUUCAUCCCAGUCACUCCCUGCUAGUACAGACAUGUUUGGUUCUGUACCUUUCAGCACUGCUGCCGUACCCUCAGGUUAUGUUGCCAUGGGAGCUGUCCUGCCCUCCUUCUGGGGACAGCAACCACUUGUUCAACAGCAGUUGGCCAUGGGUGCCCAGCCUCCAGUCGCUCAGGUGAUGCAGGGAGGACAGCCCAUCGCGUGGGGCCAGCCCGGCAUCUUUCCUCCCACCCAGCAGCCGUGGCCAUCCGUGGCUGGCCAGUUCCAGCCCACUGCCUUCAUGCCAACACAAACUGUUUUGCCUUUACAAGCAGCCAUGUUUCAAGGUACCAUUGCUCCUAUAGCCGCCGUCCCGCCCACGAGCGAUUCCAACAGGUCGAGUCCGCAGACAGACAGGCCCAGACAGAAAAUGGGAAAAGAAAUGUUUAAAGAUUUCCAGAUGGCUCAGCCUCCACCAGUGCCAUCAAGAAAACCAGAUCAGCCUUCCCUCAGUUGUACCUCAGAGGCCUUCUCAAGUUACUUUAACAAAGUUGGGAUGGCACAGGAAGCAGAUGAUUGUGAUGACUUCGACAUCUCUCAGUUAAAUUUGACUCCUGUGACUUCCACGACACCAUCUACAAAUUCACCUCCAACCCCUGCACCCAGACAGAGUUCUCCAUCAAAAUCAUCAGCAUCCCAUACGAGUGACCCUGCUGCAGAUGACCUCUUUGAAGAGGGGUUUGAAAGCCCAAGCAAAAGUGAGGAGCCAGAGGCUCCUGAUGGGUCUCAGGCCUCCUCCAACAGUGAUCCCUUUGGUGAGCCAACUGGUGAUACUAUAAGUCCACAGGAAGCAGAACCUCUCUACGCGCAGAUUAACAGACCUAAGAAAUAG